AUGUCUGCCGUUACCAAGAAGCCCCCGGCUGGCGGUGUCGGUCGGGUGUCCCACGCCGACUCGAGCCCUUCCCCAUCUCUAUCUCGCUCCAACUCCAGGGCAUCGACCCCUACCAGUGGCCAUGCGCGGACUCGAUCGCUACGAACCGGAACACCUGUCUCUGCCCGUGCCGCUGCCGCUCGGAGGGACACAGGGCUCAGCAACGCCGAAGCUGAUGCCCGAGCCGAAGCCGCUGCUGCUCUAGAGGAUCUGCAGAAGCGUCUGGAGAAGGAAGAGAAGCAGUCACUUCAAUAUCACCGCCAGGCCGAGGUUCUGCAGUCGAAGCUCGAUGAGUCGGUCAAAGAGUCGGCCAAGCUGGAGGAAAAGGCCCACGAGUUCGAAGAGCAGAUCGAGACGUUGAAGAACGAGAAGCGAGAAAUGACUCGCCAGAUGCGAGAGAUGGAGUCUAUCUACGAGGCGGAGCGCAGUUCCAUCCUUAAGGAGAAGGAAGACAUGUCGAAUCGAGAGGAGGAGAUGCAAGCCAUGAUACAGAGGCUCAAGGACAGUCUAGCCCAACGGAACAGUACGCCCGAAGAGAACCGCCCGUCGAGACAACAUACAGCCAGUUCAUCCCCCUCUCUCGACAGUGGCAGCUUUGCCCCACCAUCCUCCAUACAACGAAGUGACUCACGGAGCAGCUCCAAGCUCAUCCUCCAGAAGGAUAAGCUGAUCGAGUCUCUACGUCUGGAGCUUGCAGAGGCUCAAAUUAAGCUCGUCGAGUCGGAGAACCAGGGCGGCGGCAGGUUGCACGAGGUCGAGCGUCUGCUCAUGGAAGCCCGCAUGGCCAAUGCUCGACUUAUGGAAGACAACGAGAGUUACCAGCUUCUUCUUCAGGAGCGGACUCUCAAGGGCGACUUUGGUCAAAACGACUUUAGUUAUAUGGGCUCUAAUUCCAACCAAGAGGCACUGAAUGCCCUCGAGGGCAAGACUGGAGGGUCCAGCCUUGCUGAUGAGCUCUCAUCAGCUAGCGAGGCCGAAGCCCAUGAACGACACGAGAACGACCGACGCCUGGAGAACGAACUCAAGUCCAUGAAGGAGCAGAACAAGGCCCUUACACUAUAUAUUAACAAGAUUAUUGAGCGCCUUCUUCAGCAUCAGGACUUUGAGUCUAUUCUGGACCAGUCGAGCGAUCUGAAGAUCCUCCCAGAUACCAACAAGGACCUACCUCUACCGCCCACGCCAUCGGACAGACAGCAGUUUCCGCCCAAUCUGCUACAACGGGCCAAGUCCAUGGCUGUUGGCCCUACGAAGACGAGACCGAGACCUAUCUCGGUCAUGUCACCUUCAACCACCUCGAAUCACACCGACCCUGACAAGGCUCCUAGCAUCCCUAUCGGACUGACGCGGUCAACGAGCACGAGGAGAUCACGACCUCAGAGCGACCAGUUCACGGGGGCGGCCAGUCUCGUCAGCCAGAUGUAUAGAGGACCAGACGGCCCCGUCUCUCCGCCCCUGGGCACACCGAGACACUCGCAGACCUUCUUCUCGCCGCCCAACAUCUCAGGCAACCCUAAUGCGGCCGCUCGUAUACCUAGCGGAACCUCUGUGGCCACUUCUGGAAACUUCCCUGGCAUGAGGAGUGAGACGUCGAGCUUGAGCGGAGAAUCUGGAGACAUGUCUACAGCUUCUUCGCAGUCACCUCCCCGAUCCCACUCUGAUAGGCACACGACGUCUUUUGCGGGAGGCAAGCCACGACCACUGCGACUUGUCCAGGAGAACCAGGAGGCCGUCAAGGAGAACAAGAGGUCGAGCUGGUACUCUCCGUUCUCCUGGGGCGCCAAGAAGGAUGAGCCCCAGGCUCCAUCCAGCAACCCAAUUCCUGAAUAG